CUCUAACCAUCCUUCUAUUUACACAACAACAUGUAAACCAUUGAUAUUCCAUACUAUUACAAACAAAACACGUAACUAGCACAAAACAGGAAUCUUUUCCCCCAAGGAAACACAAUUUGUCAAUGCAUUAAAGACUGAUGAUGUUAUUUAGAAUUGUGAAACUCAUUUCAACCUAAAAUGAUUAAGUUGCUUAAUUAGGUGGUGGGCAUGUUACAUGUGAGAUUAAUUGAGCAGACUAACACUUUUCAACAUGGACUUCCUUGUCACUUGGCUUUGAUACCAUAUCGAGACUUGCAACAUAGUCAUUUCAGUCUAAAGAGAUUAACUACUUUGAUGCAACUAAGAAAGCUCUGUUUUACAAUAGACAUUUCAGUCUAAAGUGAUUAACUACUUAGAUGCAACUAAGAAAGCUCUGUUUUACAAUAGAGAGAAUUGCAAUUAGUUUAGGGAGAGCAAAGAGGAAACAAGGGCAAAAUAGGUUUUCGACUGGGAGAGCAACACAAGAUAUUUUGCAUCUGCUACAUGUUAAAUAUUAUAAUGUGUUUCAACUAACAGAUGAAGAUUUAGGAGAGCGAGCGAAGAAGAAGAGAAAAAAAGCCAGUUAGUUACAAAGCAGGAGGAAGAGGAAGAGGAAGAGGAAGAGGAAGAGGAGGAGCAGGAAGCUCUCUUACCGGAACCUUUGCCGAGAAAGCUUCUGGAGUCGCAAACGAAUGAACGACUACCGGUCGAUUCCGGGCCUUGCAAGCCGCCUGUUCGGCGGUGAGGCCAGAGGAGGAGCAGCAGGACGGCACCAGGUCCGUGGUCAUCCUUCUCCGGCGGUACCCGUCAAGUGUCCUCGCUGCGACUCCACAAACACCAAGUUCUGCUACUACAACAAUUACAACCUCGCCCAGCCCCGUCACUUCUGCAAGGCCUGCCGCCGUUACUGGACCAAGGGCGGAAUCCUCCGCAACGUCCCCGUCGGCGGCGGCUGCCGCAAGUCCAAGCACUCCUCCACCUCAAAGCCCUCUGGCGGCCUCGCGUCGCCCAGAGAACCGUCGCCCUCAGGCCACUCCGACGGUCCCAAUUCAGCCAUCGCGGCCUCUAAUUCAGACGAAAACUCCAAUCCGACGGCUUACUUCAACCAAGAUGCGCGCGCGAGGGCUCCGCUAGCCUCGGAUGCGGAGAUCUUCGUCGAAACAGCAGUCUCGUCCGUGCUGGCUCCGACGAUACUCAGCGACUUCGGUGCUCUGCUACCGAUUUCGCUCCAGUGCCGGCAGAUGGCGGAGGCGGCGCAGAUCGGAGCACAGCCGGCGUACUUGCAUCAGACAGCAGCGCCGAUUCCACUGCAGCCUCUGCUAGACGCAGCAGAGGGGUUCAUGAAUUCGGCGCCGCCUCCGCCACAGAUGCUCCCGAUCCAAUUUCGGCCGAUUUCGGUGGAGGAGGUCGCGGCUCAGCCGAACUUUUUGGACCAGGCAGCCGUCGGAGGGAUGGGAUGGUCCGGGGGUACGAUGGAUCCGGCGAUCUUCGGCCUUUCUACAGCGGUGGAGACGCCGGCGGCGGCGCGAGUGUAUUGGAGCGACGGCCAAUGGAGCGACGCCGAUCCCGCCCUCUUUCUCUCUUGAAUUAAUGGAUUUAAUCCGUCUUAAAUCUCCAUUAACGCUAAUAAUCUUCCCAUCAGCUUUUAAAUUUAUGGCUAAUUAUGCAUAUUUGGUCCUCUUCGCCUCUUCUUGUGUAUUUGAUUUCAACAACAAACUAAUUAAUAUUAAUUUUAAAAUAA